AGACGUGGGCAGAAUAACACAUGGACCCCUUUUUGUAGAUAUUUGGCAAAAUCCGAAAGCAAAGAGGGUAAGAGCAAUCUAUCUGUAUAAAAAUUCCGAUGAGACCUUAUUAUCUUGUGCAGAUUUAGGAAUUGACAGGGCCACCGUGAGCGUUAGCUUUUCUCUUGAGUCUGGCCACACACACGUCCCCGUGAGACAGAGAGAUGAGCUGAAGCAGGCAGGCGCAUCACCAUUCACCAGCCAACGACAAGAGUUUUUGCUUUUGCUUCCCCCACAACAAAAGCACGAAGCAAAGAAAUGUCAUUAAUUAGUAGUAUACACACCACUAACACUCUGCCGCCACCAACUGCGACAACAACUGCAACUAGGGGUACUUCAUCUUCAUCACCUUCAAUCUUAUCUCUUCCUUUGUCUUCGGCCUAUGUUCACCAAAAGCAAAAACAGUUUCGUUGUUGCUGCGCCAUUAAAACUGGGAGUCAUGAAUCCUUUGGCCCAGAUUUGUUGAGAAAACCGGUUGUAUCUCCACCAUCACCCGAAAAUUCUGAUGAAGAUGACUCAGAUACCAUAAACCCAGAAACUAAUUAUCAAAAGGUAAGUGAAGGAGAAGGAGAGAGAUGGGUUGAUUGGGAAGACCAGAUUUUGGAGGACACUGUGCCUCUUGUUGGCUUUGUUAGAAUGAUUCUUCAUUCCGGAAAAUACCAAAGUGGGGUUCGAUUGUCUGAUGAGCAUGAGAGAACUAUACUCGAUAGAUUGCUUCCUUUUCACCCUGAAUGCGACAACAAAAUCGGAUGUGGAGUGGAUUACAUCACUAUCGGAUAUCAUCCUCAGUUUCAAGAUUCUCGAUGCCUGUUCAUAGUUCGCAAGGAUGGUGAGCUGGUUGACUUUUCUUAUUGGAAGUGCAUUAAGGGGUUCAUCAGGCAAAAUUACCCGCUCUAUGCAGAUAGCUUUAUUCUCAAGCAUUUUCGACGCCGUAGACGGUAUGAGUGAAGCUGGUAUCAAAACUUGGCAUGGUGCUCUCUAUAUGAUUUUGUUACCUUUUGUGGUAUUGUUUAUAGUUUUUCUAUUGAUAAGAUUUGAAAUUUCAGGCUAGUAAGUGUGUAAUACAUAAUGUAAAAUUUGAACGAAUUUAGAAAUGUGGGAUUGUUGAGCAAUAGGUAACUGUUGAAAGAUGUAUUGCACAUUUUGUUCCAGGCCCCAAGCAGAGUACGCGUAGUCGGCUAGUCGCAUACCCAGUUAACGUAUUUUUGAUUUGAGCUUUCUUGAAUAGCUUAUCGUUCAUAAACUCCAUUUGUACUCCUCAGAACUCAGGAGCAUAUGUAUUGUGUACUAGACUGUUGAGGACUCAGGAGCAUAUGUAUUGUGUACUAAACUGUUCAGGACUCAUGAAAUACCUUUGUUAUUAGUGUGA